CUUGCCCUUGCCUGGCGGUCAGCGGGAAAACCGGCGCUGAGGCUGCCCCUUUCACUCCCCCGUCUCCCCCUGCCCCGCCAUGUCCAGCGAGGAGAGCUACCUGGCCAUACUCCGGUACCUGACCAACGAACGGGAACCUUACGCGCCGGGCACGGAGGGCAACGCCAAGCGCAAGAUCCGUAAGGCGGCAGCCUGCUACGUGGUGCGCGGCGGCACCUUGUACUACCAGCGGCGGCAACGGGACCAGCAGCGCUUCGCCGAGCUCGAGGUGGUGCUACAGGCCGAGCGCCGCGCCCGCCUCAUCCGCGCCGCGCACCUGGCUCCCGACGGCUCCCACCGGACCCGCCUGCAGACCUGGCAGGGGCUCUCGCAGAAGUACUGGUGGCGAGGUAUUCUUAAACAGGUUAAAGAUUACAUUAAAGAAUGCAGCAAGUGCCAGGAAAGGCUAGAUCGGUCUAGAUCUCUGUCAGAUCCUUCUGAAAUUCUGGAGGAACUAGGACUGGAUGCAAAAUCUCAGGAAGACAGUAAUGAAACAGAUGAUAGAUUGAGUAAUGUGGCAUCAAUUCCAGCUGCAUCCCCAAAGCCUGUGAAGAAGAAGCCAAUAGCAAAGCAUGAACUUGUAUUUGUUGACAGUAAGGGCCUUGUGAAGCAGUCAUCUUCCAGACAUUGUCUGUCAGUCUUAAACCAACUGAAUCAACAGAGGCUUUCCAAUCAGUUCUGUGAUGUGACUCUGCUGAUUGAAGGAGAGGAGUACAAAGCUCACAAAUCUGUCUUGGCAGCCAGCAGCGAGUACUUCCGAGAGCUGUUCAUUGAAAAGGGAGCUGUCACGAGUCAUGAAGCUGUAGUGGAUCUGUCAGGGUUCUGCAAGUCCAGUUUCCUCCCUCUUUUGGAAUUUGCUUAUACUUCAGAACUAACCUUUGAUUUCUGUAGUAUGGCAGAAGUUGCCAUGCUUGCCCGGCACCUCUUCAUGUCAGAAGUCCUCGAAAUCUGUGAAAAUGUGCACAAACAGAUGGAAGAGAAGCAAAUUACAGUGUACCAAAAGGGAGGUAUUCAAACAGUAGAGUCAAUGCAAAACUUAGCAGAGCACACUGAAGUUGAAAUGCAGCUCAUGGAUGGUGCUGAGCAACCUGAGCUCACAGCCAGUGAGGUGCCAGUAGCUGUGAACAGAGCUUCUUCCUCUGCUGGAACAGAGGAGGCAGCAGCACCCCAGCCUGACCUCCUGCCCCCAGAGCCUGCAAAGGCCACUCCAGAUGAUCUUCCAAAACCUGUGGAGCAGUGUGAAACAACUGAAAAUUAUGUCAAGAUACAGUUGCUGGAGAGCAUUGCAAACAGCACCGUGUCUUUUGUAGAGGCGGAGCCAUCGGCUGUGGAAGUCACGGACACACAAAGUCUAAUGGAAAUCGAUGCAGAUCAAAAUGAAAGUGGUAAAGCAAAUGUGGACACGGAUUCUGAAGACUCCUCAGAAACACUCAAGCAGACAUAUGGCAGUCAAAGUAAAGAACAGAGCAUCUUAGAUUUACAACCAGAAAGCCAAGAUGAUACUUACAAAAGCAAGCUACGUCAGCGUUCUGUUACUGAAGGGGGCUAUAUCAGAUUGCAUAAAGGAAUUGAAAAGAAACUCCAAAAUAGAAAGGCAAAUCCUAAAUCUGCAAUACAGCAGGUUGCUAUGAAGCUGGUACAAAGAGGGAAAAAAAUGAAACAGCCCAAAAGAGACACUAUGGAAAAUAAUGAAGUAGAAGCUCAGCACAGAUGCUCUGAGUGUGGAAUGGUGUUCCAGCGGCGCUAUGCACUUAUAAUGCACACACUGAAACAUGAAAGAUCUAAAGAUUAUAAAUGUCCAUUGUGCAAGAAAGAAUUCCAGUAUGGUGCCUCACUGCGAGCACAUCUUGUCCGGCACACUCGGAAGACUGAAGUGAACACUGCAGCUUCCAGUGUAGAAGAGACAGUCAUGUCUUCUGUGAAAGGGAGAACUAAACGGCAGUUUAUAUGUGAUAUAUGUGGGAGAACUCUACCUAAGCUCUAUUCUCUCAGAAUACAUAUGCUCAAACAUACAGGUGUAAAACCACAUGCGUGCAAGGUUUGCGGAAAGACCUUUACAUAUAAGCAUGGAUUAAAAAUGCACUUGGCUCUCCAUGAAGUACAGAAACAGUUUAAAUGCGACUUGUGUGAAAAGUCUUUUGUCACAAAAAGAAGUCUUCAGGAGCACAUGAGCAUUCAUACAGGCGAAUCCAAGUAUCUUUGCUCCAUCUGUGGAAAAUCUUUUCACAGGGCAUCAGGACUUAGUAAACAUAUAAAGAAACACCAGCCAAAGCCUGAAGUUCGUGGAUAUCAGUGUACUCAGUGUGAAAAGAGUUUCUAUGAAGCCCGAGAUCUUCGGCAGCAUAUGAACAAACACUUAGGUGUGAAGCCAUUUCAGUGCCAGUUCUGUGGAAAAUGUUACAGCUGGAAGAAAGACUGGUAUUCUCAUGUCAAGUCUCAUUCUGUCACAGACCCUUAUAGGUGUAAUGUAUGUGGUAAAGAAUUUUAUGAGAAAGCUUUGUACAGAAGACAUGUAAAGAAAGCCACACAUGGUAAAAAAGGAAGAGCAAAACAAAAUCUGGAACGAGUUUGUGAGCAUUGUGGAAGAAAAUUCACGCAGCUCCGGGAAUAUAGGAGACACAUGAACAAUCAUGAAGGUGUGAAACCAUUUGAAUGCCUCACCUGCGGAGUAGCCUGGGCAGAUGCACGUUCGCUGAAGCGCCACGUGAGGACGCAUACCGGGGAGCGACCGUAUGUCUGCCCAGUGUGCAAUGAAGCUUACAUAGAUGCCCGGACACUACGGAAGCACAUGACCAAGUUUCAUAGGGACUAUGUACCCUGCAAAAUCAUGCUGGAAAAAGAUACCCUUCAGUUUCAUAACCAGGGGACACAGGUGGAGCAUGCCAUCAGCAUUUUGGCAGCAGACACGCAGGAACAAGAAACUGAGAUCAGUGUUGGUGGUAGUGAGAUUGAGGCUGUGGUAGUGACAGGAGAGACACUCGAAGCCAUCGAAGCAGUUGCAGCUACCGAGGAAUGCACAUCAGUCUCUACUCUUUCUGACCAAAGCAUCAUGCAGGUGGUAAAUUAUGUACUAGCACAACAGCAAGGACAGAAAAUGGCUGAAGCGAUGCAGGGCAUCAAAACUGUAGAAGUGGAAGUGGCCCAUGUUACAAAGACAGACUGAAUAUAGUGUACAAGAGAGCAAGAAGGGUGAGGUCUUACCAUCUGUAAGAGACAAGUAAUUAACUUGUUAUCCAAGGCUUACUAUGAGGCCUGUUUUCAAGUGGUUACUCCCCAGUGCUGAACAUCUUGGUGAUGAAAUACCACACCAUAUAUUAUGGGGAAAAUGUUAAGAUGCUUCAGCAUGAGCCAAGGCUCUGAAAAGCUAGGAUUUCUACACUUGCUGUAAGUAUGAAAAUAAAAAUAAUGUUUUCUGUGUCAUGGAGUAAGUACCAUGCUGAAACUUUAAAAAAAUGAAAAAACAUUUAAAGAGCCUGGACUGAAUAUUAGAAAUGUACAGUUACUGGUGUCUUUUUUUUCUACUACUGUUUUUAUGUGCAUUUCAUGAAGUUUGUGAGCAUAUUGCCUGUAUUGGAUGCUGUCUGUUUACUCCCCAAGACACAGGGAUGGCAGAAUGCUUCAUGCAGUGUGAGCUUCAUGCAACAUACAGAAAAUCCAAGGCUUUCCUUUGGGUAGAUGCACCAGUGGCAAUGUGAAUCCCAGUUUUGAAGAACUUAUUUAAAUUCCAGGUUGUGGGUGGCAGGUCCAAAGUUCAGUAUGAUGUUUUGCAGAUACUGGGCAGGGGUCUACUGAAGCCUGAGGAAGUGGUUUUCUGGGACAGACUGAGUUUCCAUUGACCAGAGGACAGCCUGCUGCAGCGACACUGCUUA